CUUCCCCUUAAAUGUAUGUUCACAAAUGAGCCACAGCCUUAUCAGCUGGGGUCCAGGGAGGACUUGUCUAGGUGCUGCUCCUGAACUUGGUGUCUGAGCCAUGGCUUCCCAAAGACACUCAGGUCCCUCCAGGUACAAGGUGGGCACCAUGGCUGAGAAGUUCGACUGCCACUACUGCAGGGACCCCCUGCAGGGAAAGAAGUACGUGGAGAAGGAUGGCCACCACUGCUGCCUGAAGUGCUUUGAUAAGUUCUGCGCCAACACCUGCGUGGAAUGCCGCAAGCCCAUUGGUGCGGACUCCAAGGAGGUGCACUAUAAGAACCGCUAUUGGCAUGACACCUGCUUCCACUGUGCCAAGUGCCUGCACCCCUUGGCAAACGAGACUUUUGUAUCCAAGGACAACAAGAUCCUGUGCAACAAGUGCACCACACGCGAGGACUCCCCCAAGUGCAAGGGCUGCUUCAAGCCAAUUGUGGCAGGAGAUCAGAACGUGGAGUACAAGAAGACUGUCUGGCACAAAGACUGUUUCACCUGCAGCAACUGCAAGCAAGUCAUCGGGACUGGAAGCUUCUUCCCCAAAGGGGAGGACUUCUACUGCGUGACUUGCCAUGAGGACAAAUUUGCCAAGCAUUGCGUGAAGUGCAACAAGGCCAUCACAUCUGGAGGAAUCACUUACCAGGAUCAGCCCUGGCAUGCCGAGUGCUUUGUGUGUGUUACCUGCUCUAAGAAGCUGGCUGGGCAGCGUUUCACCGCUGUGGAGGACCAGUAUUACUGCGUGGAUUGCUACAAGAACUUUGUGGCCAAGAAGUGUGCUGGAUGCAAGAACCCCAUCACUGGGUUUGGUAAAGGCUCCAGUGUGGUGGCCUAUGAAGGACAAUCCUGGCACGACUACUGCUUCCACUGCAAAAAGUGCUCCGUGAAUUUGGCCAACAAGCGCUUUGUUUUCCAUCAGGAACAAGUGUAUUGCCCUGACUGUGCCAAAAAGCUGUAAAGUGACAGGGGCUCCUGUCCUGUAAAAUGGAAUUGAAUCUUGUUCUUUGUGUCCUCACCCUCUGCCCUACACCAUCCAUAGGGAAAGAGUGGCCUUUCACUUCUUCAAAGUUUUUCCUUCUGUCUUUUCUCCCAUUUUACAGUAUUACUCUAAUAAGGGCACACAGUGAUCAUACUAGGAUUUAGCAAAAAGUAACUCCUCAGCAAAGGUAAUUUUGUGAUGGCUGCAGUUAAAAAACGAACACUUAGAUAGAUUGACUCUUCUGCAUGUUUAUCAUAGAGCAGAAAAGUGCUAACCAUUUAGCUGCUUAGUGAUGUAAGCAAGAAGCCUAAGAGAUAAAGCUCCCACUGAGGUGCCCUUCGUGACUCAGCUGGGACCCACUGUCAUCACACGACACAAGAGUUGCAGCGGCUGCUCCAACUCGCUGCUCACUCUGUUCUGUGAGCAGAAAGAGAACUUACUGACAUGCAUGGUUUAACUUCCUCAUCAAAACCUUCCUUCUGUUCUUUUGUGCUUUUGAUCGACUAAUACAAAUUUCUAGAAAAUUAACAUUUGAACUUCGCUGUGAUUCUAAACUGACCUUUUACCCAUACUAAUAUUUGAGUUCCCCGUGUGCCGUGUUUUCUGAACGUUCCUAUUGUCAAGCGUGGAACAUGCCGGUGAUUUGGAAAGUGUAGGCAGAUUUGAGAAAACAAGCCUGUUUCAGAGGAACAUCGUCACCGUGAAUACUGCUGAAAGCUUAACAAAAAUAACCCACCUGUCGUUUUUCUGUUUUUAAUAAUAUUUCGUUUUAAUAUUAAUAGCAAUAUAGUUUAUGGGUUUGGAGACUUGCAUGAAAAUAUUUUAGCCCGCUCAAACGUUCCUGCAGUUUUGAAAUCAUCCCACAGAAGUAAUCACAAAACUCUAGAGGGGUAGCUGAGCAGGCACAGGGACUGUCAUUGACACACGGAUAUGACAUUUCCAACAGUGCCGAGUUGAAACCCUUGUAACAUAGUUGUUGUCUGCUCUUUGUCUCUGUGUUAAGGAGGCCCACCAACGUCCCUUCUCUUGUGACUUUUAGGACUGUUCCUGACGAGCUUAGCUGGGUCUCUGGGGAAGUGAGGAGGUCACCAUCCUCCCAGGCAGAUUUCCAUGUAGUGCUUACUUGAGAGGCAGGAUCACCUACUUACUGUAUUCUAGCUACAUUGUUAUAUUACAUAGUAGAAUGAGACGGUAUCAAAAGUGAACAUGUAAUGACAAUACAUAUUAACAUUCUCAUAGCAGUGGUUAGAGAAGCCAAUGCCUCAUUUCUAAAUUUUGUCAUUAGCUAUUAUUAUCUAACGUUUCAGUGUAUCCUUACAGAAAUAAAGCAGUAUAUAAAUAA